AUGGAGGAUAAAAUGGCCAUGCAGAUGUUAACUGAUCAGAAAUUAAAGGAAAUGGAGGCGGAAAUGAACCGCUUCGAGCAAGAAAUUUUCACACCUGAUGGGAAGGGUGUAAUUGGUGCUCAUCGUAUGAUCAUAGGAUCCAACACCUACCAUAAGGUUCAGGCCCGCAUCACAGGUCACGAAGAUACGGAUGAGUAUGAGGCAGAAGCUCCUGCUCCCAGUACAGAGGCAAACAUUCCUGUCUCUGUAUUGUCAGCACCACCACCUCCUCCCCCAUCUCUACUAGCAACAAGCAAGCCAUCAGGAGAGGCCCCGCCCAUAGCCCCACCCCCUCCCCCACCUUCACUAUCAUUUGUCCCUCCCCAGAUCCGUAAUUGGACUCCUCCCCCUCCUCCUCCAAGACCUCCGAUGAUGAACAGGCCCUUUAUGGGACCACAUGGCGGACCAAGAAACUUUGGUCCAGGUCCAGGUCCAUUCCAUCCAGGACCAUAUCAUGGUGGUCCCUAUGGUGGCCCACCUAUGGGAAUGAACCCUCACAUGAUGCCUGCUGGUGGACCUAUGGGUCCUGUUGGCCCCAUGAUGCCAGAUUCUUCACAACAGGAAACAGUGAUAGAGAAACCAAAGGUAGUGUAUUCAGCAGCCCCUGUAAGGCUUCACCCAAAAACUGGAAAAAUUAAAAAACCGAAAAUUACAGCUCCAGCUACCACGACUGUUAUAGAAUCUGUGAAGGAGACAAAUGUUAAAGAGAAAGUUGAAAAAGGAGGUGUAAAUAUGCCGAUUCCAACAGACAUUGGGAACAGUGCGGCCUCCUACACCACUGAAGAAGAUUGUGAUUUGAUGGAAGCUGACACGGAGGAAUCAGCUGCUGGUGGGAAAAAAUCUAAAAAAGAUAAAAAGAAAAAGUUCAUUCGUACAGCAGCUGGAGACACUUGGGAAGAUCCGUCACUGGAGGAGUGGGACACAGAUGACUUCAGAAUUUUCUGCGGUGAUCUUGGAAAUGAGGUCACAGAUGAAUGUCUGGCACGUGCCUUCAGUAAAUAUCCAACAUUUUUGAAGGCAAAAGUUGUCCGAGACAAGCGCUCCAAUAAGACAAAGGGCUAUGGUUUUGUCAGCUUCACAGAUCCAACAGACUUUGUACGGGCGAUGCGAGAAAUGAACGGGAAGUAUGUUGGUAAUCGGCCUAUCAAACUACGGAAAAGUGUGUGGAAGGAGAGAAACAUCGAGGUUGUUAGACGGAAGGAAAAGGAAAAAAAGAGGCUUGGCCUGAGAUGAGAACGUAACGUUAUUAUGUAACUGUUAGUUGUGUUGGAAGUGGACGCCAUCCGAUUGCAGGCAAUUCAGGAACAUAAUGUAAAGAAAGUUUAAAUAGACUACAGUGAAUAAAGUAGUAAUUCAAAAAACAAUUUGAUGGCAAAAAAUGAGAAAUGUCUUUGUGAUGCAUGAUAAGCAAUGGGAAACACGGAGAAAUGUAGGUUCUUCAAAGAUAUUGGGAUUUCCUUCAAAGUCAGAACUUCAUGUCUGAAAUGGAGAAUUAUCGUGGUGAAACCUGGUCACAAAUGUUUUGUCUGAAGGAAAUAUGGUUGGAGUAAUAGUUACUGCAAUUAACAGAUGACUGUCAGGAGAUAAGCUAACUGGAUUGAACACAUGAAUACAUCGUUUUUACGGCUACCAAGGAAUUCUAUUGUGUCUAUAAUUUAGUUGUAUUAAAGGAAUGAAUAUCAUUGUAUUACAUUGCCAAUUAAAGAUCAUUCUUCAGGUA